GAGGCUAGAGAGUGUUUUGUUGUUAGAAAGUUCUUUGAAGGUUACUUAUGUUUUCUUGAGGUUUUUAUGGAAAGAUUUCCUAAUGUUCUGAGAACAUGACUUUAAAAAGAACCAUGAGGAAACCUGUAUGAAACGUUUUGCUGAAGUACUGAAAUUCCCCUGAAGAACAUUGUUUCUUAACGUUCUCGGAACUAUUUGAGAACAUUCUCAAUGUGAAACCAGUUGGAGAACGCUCCAAGAACAUUUAAAAAAUGUUGAUGAAAUGUAACCAUGUUUGAACUUUUAGGACAUGUUCUGUUAAAGAAAUGAAAUACCAAAGUUGUGGGAAGGUUGUAUGCAAAAAUAACCAUAGGACAACCACGCUCUUACCAAGCUCUAAGAAACAUAUAGUUCUCAGAAUGUUAUGCACUAGCAAAGGAUCACUAUCCCCGUCUCAAAGGAUCACUAACCCUGUCUCAAAGGAUCACUAACCCUGUCUCAAAGGAUCACUAUCCCCGUCUCAAAGGAUCACUAUCCCUGUCUCAAAGGACCACUAUCCCUGUCUCAAAGGAUCACUAACCCUGUCUCAAAGGAUCACUAACCCUGUCUCAAAGGAUCACUAUCCCCGUCUCAAAGGAUCACUAUCCCCGUCGCAAAGGAUCACUAACCCUGUCUCAAAGGAUCACUAACCCUGUCUCAAAGGAUCACUAUCCCCGUCUCAAAGGAUCACUAACCCUGUCUCAAAGGAUCACUAACCCUGUCUCAAAGGAUCACUAACCCUGUCUCAAAGGAUCACUAACCCUGUCUCAAAGGAUCACUAACCCCGUAGCAAAGGAUCACUAACCCCGUAGCAAAGGAUCACUAUCCCCGUCUCAAAGGACCACUAUCCCUGUCUCAAAGGAUCACUAUCCCCGUCUCAAAGGAUCACUAUCCCUGUCUCAAAGGACCACUAUCCCUGUCUCAAAGGAUCACUAACCCUGUCUCAAAGGAUCACUAACCCCGUCGCAAAGGAUCACUAACCCUGUGUCAAAGGAUCAUAACCCUGUGUCAAAGGAUCACUAACCCUGUGUCAAAGGAUCACUAACCCUGUCUCAAAGGAUCACUAUCCCUGUGUCAAAGGAUCACUAACCCUGUCUCAAAGGAUCACUAACCCUGUGUCAAAGGAUCAUAACCCUGUGUCAAAGGAUCACUAACCCUGUCUCACAGAUGUCAAUUCUCUCAAAAAUGUUCUACAGAAUUGUUUGUUUCUUUAAUGCUAUGUUUAUUAAAUUCACUGGAAUAAUAGAAAACACACAAAAAUACACACACUCAGAGAUACAAAUACGGUUGGCCCAUAUACAGUAAGAAACAUUAUUUUGAGUGGCACCAUAGAAUGUUUCUGACACCUACACCUACCGGUCUACAUUGGUUGUGUGCAAAGCGUGUGAUAGGAGCAUGUUGGUUGAAUGCACCAGGUGUCAAUAGACAACAUCAUUAAGGAAGGGCUUCUCCAGAUUCCCCCUGGAAAGUGAGCUUGUAAAAAUGUCCAGUGCAUCAAGGGAGGUGUGUAAGAAGAUUUGCAUGUUGUUUGCAUUGCUGUUUGCAUGGCAAAGACCAAUGUUUGACUUGGAUCCUGCUAAUAUAGAACUGAACCAUGUACUGACACCUAGUGCAUAGGACAGGGUGGUGUUAAGAGUAGGUAAACAGUGUCACACACAGAUUAGAGAAAGAGGUGAAUAGAGAGAGAUGCAAGGAGAGAAAAAGGGUAAGAGGUCAAACAAGGAGGAGGAAAGAAACUUAAAGGAUUAAGCAAUGGCUGAAAAUAAGAGAGGGUGAUGAAAAGGAUGAAAGGAGAGAAGUAAAGGAAAUGCACUACGGGAGAGUGAACGUGGGAGAAGAUGCAGGGGAGUAAAUAGAACAAUAGACAGGAGAAAGAGAGGGAGAGAUGGCGGGGUAGUGGACAGGCAGACGGAUGGAAAGCUGGACAGACAGACAUAUGGGCAGCUAGGUGUGGCCAAUAGUGCUGAGUGGGGUUGAUCUCUCUCAAUCCUCUUGGCUCGCUGUCUGUGUGUGCCCACCAUCGGGCCACUGGCAGGGUGGCAGCAUGAGCGUGGUCGGCCCGGGUGGCAGCCCUAUUGAGGGGCAGUGUGAUGGACACAAUGCAAGCGACAGACUUGCUGCAUCAACAGCAUCCCCAUUCCUGUUUUUUUUUGCUGCAGUGUGCCAUUUAUAAACCAUAAAUACCCCCCCUGGCCCCUAGUGCCUGCUCGCCAGGCCUCUACACUCACACGCCCUCAUACAGAGUGAGAAACAGAGAAAUAAAUAAAAUAAAAGAAAGAACAAGGAAAAACAAAGAGAGUGUGCCUUGUACGUGGUGCAGUGAAGCACAAGCCAUCCAGGUAAAAACAGAUCUCUCUCUUUCCUCUCUGUCUGUCGUCUUGUGCUGCCAACAACUCUUGCUGUUUUCAAUUAUCCCUAUUUAUUGCUCUCCAUAACCCUGUGUGCACUGUUGUUUUACCUGGAAUUGAAUAUGUGUGAAUGUAUCAAAUGCGAUAGUGGAAAAGAAUAUGUAAUAUAGUGAGCUCCAAAAGAAUUGGGACAGUGACACAUUUUGGGAGUUUGGCUCUGUACUCCAGCACUUUGGAAAUAUAAAUUAUACAAUGAGGCUAAAUUUCAGACCGUCAGCUUUAAUUGUAGGGUAUUUUCAUCCAUAUAGGGUGAACCGUUUAGAAAUUACAGCACUUUUUGUGAAUAGUCUCCACCAUUUUAGGGCCACCAAAAGUAUUGGGACAAAUUGACUUAUGUGUAAUAAAGUAGUAAAAAGGGAAAAAUCUGGUCCAAUAUUCAUAACACGCAAUAAAUGUGAAUAAACAUUUGUUGGAUACAUUUUCUGUUUGUUUUGGUUGUGUUUCAGAUGAUUUUGUGCCCAAUAGAAAUGAAUGGUAAAUAAUGUAUUGUGUCAUUUUGGAGUCACUUUUAUUGAAAUUAUAAUAGAAUAUCUUUCUUAACGCUUCAACAUGAAUGUGGAUGCUACCAUGAUUAUGGAUGAUCCUGAAGUGUUUAGAAACAGAUUCUAUAGUUAUUUACAAUGAAAGUGACUCCAAAAUGACAAUACAUUAUUGGAGUAUUCGUGCACGCAAAAACUACAGUAUUUGAUUGCACUCGAAUGCCAAAUGUGGUACUGGACAACGCCAGAGGCUUGCUGAUCUUAUUGGCCAGACCUAAAGUGACUACGGCACAGACCACCUCGGACUUAGCUGUUAUAGUCCCUGUUAUAGUCCCUGUUGCCAUUGUGUUAAGUGACUGACUGUGUUUGGGAAUGUUUUGGAAUGUAGAGGUAAAAUGUCAGAGCAGCAGGGUGCACCGGAGCAGCUAGCAGCUGGGAAGAGCCAAGGAGGGGCAGGAGCCACCUAUAAGGUGGUGGUGUUUGAGUUCGAGAAUUUCCGUGGCAAGAAGGUGGAGCUGUCUGCAGAGUGUAAGGAUGUGAUUGAGAAGGAAUGUGAGAAGGUGGGAUCUGUCAUUGUGGAAUCUGGACCCUGGGUGGCGUUUGAGUGCCAGGCAUUUGGCGGGGAGCAGUUUGUCCUGGAGAAGGGCGAGUAUCCUCGUUGGAGCACCUGGACCAACAGCCAGACUAACAACUACCUGCUGUCCUUCAGGCCACUCCAAGUGGACAGUGCAGAUCACAAGCUCCACCUGUUUGACAAACCAGGUUACACAGGGAGGAAGAUGGAGAUUGUGGACGACGACAUCCCCAGCCUGUGGGUCCAUGGCUUCCAGGACUGUGUGGCCAGUGUAAAGGCUCUGAAUGGAACGUGGGUGGGCUACAUGUUCCCAGGCUACAGGGGUCGCCAGUAUGUCUUUGAGCUUGGAGACUACAAGCACUGGAACGACUGGGGAGCCACGGCGCCUCAGAUCCAGUCCGUCCGACGAGUGCGUGACAUGCAGUGGCACAAAAGGGGCUGCUUCACCGCCCCUGCCCCGCCCCCUGCCCCCACUCCUGCACCCAACCCCACACCCCCACCCACCGCUGGCACCAGCUGAAAGACAGUGGCUGUGGCCCCAGGCUCCCUAAGAAGCCAAACCCGGGCCCCCCAACCAUCCAGGGCUCCACUGAGUCUCUCCUCAUCACAGAGGGCCACCAAGAAACAACGAACUCGGAAGUGAAGUGACCAUCACGGACUUACCUAUGUGUCUGGAGUAGAAAUAAUAAAGGCUUUGACCCUGAUU